AUGGCUGCCCGAUUAUCUCAGUGUGCGGGAGUUUUCUACAUCUUUUUUGUGUUACAUUUCAUCAACAAUUUCUAUGGAAGUGCUGCGGAUCCUUUGGAUGAAGAAACAAAGAUCUAUAUUGUUUACAUGGGAUCCCUUCCCGAAAACAACGAUUAUUCGCCUUCAUCACACCAUCUCUGCAUACUUCAACAAGUUGUAAACAACAGGUUUCCUGAGGAAUCCUUAGUAAGAAGCUACAAAAGGAGUUUCAAGGGAUUUGCCGCAUAUCUCACAAAGGAAGAGAGUGAACAAAUGGCUGAUCAUGGAGUAUUGCCUGCUUUUGACGAUGCCAUAGCUGAUGGAGUACGUAUUCUUACAAUAUCCCUUGGAACACCGGUUCCGAUUGACUUGGCAAAAGAUACCAUAGCCAUUGGUUCAUUUCAUGCUCACAAAGAAGGUAUUCUCACUGUCCAUUCGGCCGGAAAUAGUGGGGCUGUGCCGGGAGCUGUUUCUAGUAAAGCGCCGUGGUUAGUCACGAUUGCUACUAGCACUACGAGUCGCAAAUUUGUCGCCCCGGUUGUCCUUGGGAAUGGAAAGACAUUGAAUGGCAAUGAUGUUAACGCUUUUAGGUUGAAUGGGACAGAGUUUCCUCUUGUGUACGGACAGCACGCUUUGAAAAAUUGUUCAGCUAGUGAUGCAGAAAUGUGUUUUGAUGGAUGCCUUGACAAAGAUCUUGUGAAGGGAAAGAUUGUUUUAUGUAACACCACUGAAAGCUUCUCCGCUGUUCCCGAAGUUAACCGAACCGGGGGGGUCGUUGCAAUAUUAGUCGAUGGUCACCCUCAAGUUGCCUCCGUUACCUUUUAUCCAUUCGCACAUCUUAGUCCUCAGCAGUUUAAAGAGCCAGAUAUUACUGCUCCAGGAGUUGAAAUCUUGACAGCCUUUUCGCCGGAUGGAAACCCUUCUGGCUUUCCUACUGAUCAGAGAUCCGUGGACUACGCUAUAUUACAUGGAACAUCAUGUCCUUUUAAGAUGGAUAAAUCCGACUCGUACUAUGGGGACUCUGAAUUCGGUUAUGGAGCAGGACAUCUAAAUCCUAGGAAAGCUCCAUAUCCAGGACUCGUGUACGAGAUAUUACAGACGGACUACUUAAAGUGGAUUUGUGGCAAGAAUUUCUCAACAGAACUGAUCGUCACCUGUGCCGGAGUGGUUACUGUUGAGGACAAAGAGCUUAAUUAUCCAACAAUGGCAGCCAAAGUCGAGAAAGAAAAGAGUUUCAGUGUCACAUUCCCAAGAACCGUUAUGAAUGUCAGAACCACUCCCGCCAUUGUCCACGGAUCGGUCAUCAUGAUAUCUGACUCAUCAUCGUCGUUGUCGGAGUGCUUGCAGCUGUCUCAUCUGUGCCAAAUGGCUAGAAACCCAUAUCUGAAAACUGUAGGUGAUUUCGUAUCCACCAUAGAUUCUGACGAUAAAGCCAAGGUUGUUACCGCAAAAUAUGACAUCCCCUUAGAUUUAAAUCCCAGGGUUCCCGUAGGUAACGUGAGAGCUAAUACUCCUCCAGAGGCUAAAAUUACUGGGAGGUAUUUCUUCAAGGUGUGUGUUCCUUCAACUAAGUUCAAGGACUGGUAUAAUGUCAAGAUGAAUCCAAAAUCUGGUGCUGUAAAGAUCAUGAAGGCUAUGUCGUCGAGCAAUGCUGCAUUUCGACUGUUUGGUGACUCUAAGGUCUUUGAUGUUAAAAACUCAAACAAUGAAGGAUCGUCCACGAAGGUCGUAAAGAAGAAGGAGAAAGUCAAGAGAUUGGUCAAGGCCUCAGACCAAGAAUCGAGGAAGAAGAGCAACCAUGACUCCAUUCUGGAGAAGGAAGCCAAUCUCAACACAACCCUGCCAGUUGCCGACGGUGCAAAAGAAGUACCAGCCCAGCAGCUCGAGGAGUCGCAUGUUGUCGAGGAGAUAGACCCAAACGCUGACACGGGCGUGAACUUGCAACCACCUCCCUUGGAGAAGGGUAAUGACACAAUCGAGGUGGUUACCCAUCUCCUGGAUCUCCCAUAUUAA